GCUUCUGGUAAAAAAGUCCACUCAGCAAAGUCAAGUCCACCAGCCGCAACCCCAACACUUAAAUCAUAUAAUGGUUCCAGAGUUGGCCCGGAAGUAAAUUUGGAUGAUUUAAUCGACGGCUAUCUCGAAGACUUGGAUACCUGGUUACCCGAACCUAAAAAUACCUGCCCGCCCAAAAUUGAAAAAAAAGAAU